AAUAAACAUCGUCUUGAUGAUAAAGUUAAUGACUUUUUUAAGGAAAUUCAAUUUAUUACUCAAAAUACUCAAGAAUCUCAAUCAAAUGAUAGCUCAAAAAAAGAUUCCACCCAAACUUCUUCGAGUAAAGAACGAGUAUCGGCUUCACCAUGGCAAGAAUGUUUUGAUGAGUCUACUGGGUAUCCUUACUACUGGCACAUUGAAACUAAUGAAGUGACUUGGGAAUUGCCAAAAGAGCUUGCAUCAACUCGCAAAAACUCGGACAAUAUUGUCCCUCAACACCAACUACAACACCAACCUAAUCGUUUGCCCAAACUACCUUACGACAAAUUACCGUCUAAAGUCAAAAACGACCUAUCAGCCCGGAACAAAAGUAGGCAUAAAAGUGGUACUGAUAAUACAGGUAGCUCUAAGCGUACCUUGCCUAAGAAAAAAUCUAAACAGACGUUUGAAGACAAAAAUGAUGACUCUGAUGACAGUUACAUUGAAAUGAUUACGUCGUUUGGUGACGAUAAUACGGACACUGAUAAAAGUGACGACGAAAAAACACCCGACGAGUCAUGGACACUCAAUAAAUCAAUAAAACGCGAGCGCGAGCGUGAAGCGUUAGAAAGCAGGGUUAGCAAUGAUACUCGCGACGAAGAGAGUAGCAAAGAGUCCAAUAGAGAAACCAGUAUAAACAACUCAAUUGUUGAUCAAAGCAACGAAGAAAAUUCAUUUAAUAAAAAGCCAGCAGCUGCUUUAUUCCCAGCUGCUGUAACUAAGAGUUGGUUUGUUGAUGGCAAUCCAAAAGUAGACACCACUGUUGAUCAGGAAUUUUCCCAAGCCACAGAUUCGCAGGAUACUGACAAAAUAGAACCCCCAAAAUUAUCCCGGCCUUUAGAAAAUUUAGGGACCUCUUUAAAGGGAUUCCAGCGAAAAAGGCGGAUAGCGUACGAUGUGUUGACGAUACCUAAAAAUAACGAGGACCGACUUGGUCUAGGCUUCGCUAAAACACCUCCCAUAGAAAAUUCCUCCAAGGAAACAGCUGAGGAGCGAAAGCGUAACUUGGGAAAAUACGCGAUUGAUUUUAUCAAAGGCGAGACGUUAGAAACCAAUGAAGCAACUCCGGAUUACUUUAUGCCGGGUGAUCAGGUGCAAAUGAUUGCCGAUAAAUUAAAAAGUUUGUCUAAAGAAUGCUCGACGGUGUCCGAGAUCCAGGUGAUGAGCAUUCAAAUUCAAGCUUUGAUGACCGCGUGGGAGUCUGGUGAUCUAAAGGAUCGCUAUUUUUAUAAUUGGAUGGCUGAGACGAAAAAAAAGCUGACUUUGUUGGAGGAAAAGGCUGCGCCGGCUGAGUGGGACUAUCAGUGGGACUCUGCUAAUAAACAGUACUUUUAUCGAAAUAAGAUUAGCGGAGAAACUCAGGUGAAUUAUCCGGAUAUUAAUGGCGGGGCUGAGGAGAUGGAAUUGUGUACUACGCCUCCGCCUGCCAACUCUCCGAUCUCUGAAAUAAAAUCUAUUGAAAUUAUUAAGGAUGAUAUGACCCAGACAAAGUCGCUCAGCAAUGAUAAUAUCAAUAGAGUUAAUGUAAAUAGCCACGUGGAUUUGGAAAAAAGCGACAAGUCUAGCUCCUCUGUUAGCUUGGGUGGUGAUCCAGACAAUAAUAAAGAAGAUGGAGAAUUAGCUGCACCGUUGCCUCCUAGAAUAUCUAUUCCUAGUCCGCCACCUCCGCCGAGAAUAGGAGCGCAGGAUUUGAAAAAGAAUUCCAAGAUUAAUAAGAGUAAUAAUGACUGUCUAAAUUCUGGGACUAUUGACCAAAAUGAAGUUAAAAAUCAUAUUAUAGUGGAGAGUAUUGUAGCGCCGGUUCGUGAAACUCUGCUGACUCCUGCGACCCAAAUACUGGCUGCGUCUGUGAAUCCUCCGCACAUAGAACCGCUUCCUCCGGGAGUGGAUCAGUCGGAGAGCCCCUACGCAUUAGCAGCAGCAACUCUUAAAUCUCCGUUGAUUUUUCCCGGGAAUCAUCAUCAGCCCAAUACUACAAUAUUUGAUCCCACGAAUAUUUCUAUACUGGGACACCACCAUCCGGCACUGGUUCACAAUCAACUUGUUCAUUAUCCGGUUUAUCACCAGCACUUGCACGAUCAAGCGAUUCUCGCGGCUGCUAACAGAUUUACCGGGCAAGAAGCUGUGCAACUAAUGCUUCAUCAUACGGGUAUUUACGCAAAUACCCAGGUGAUUACUAAACCUCCUAUUAAUAUGAAAAAAGAAUCACUUGGAUCGAUUGUUGAUUCUUUUUACAAUGAUAUUGCUUCUUUGGAGUGCCAUAAUAAUGUUAUAAAUGAUAAACAAAUAAAACAAGUUGCAGUUCCGUCAAUGAAAUAUCAAGAGUCGGUGGAUAAAACGGAAUCCAUUUCGACGAAUAUCUCUACGACUAUUACCACCGCUGCGACUACCACUGGAACAGGCUCUGCUCCUUCGGUUUCUAUUCCUGUAGCUACUGCUGCUAAUAGUACGGCAAGUACGACGACUACUAAUUCUGGGGGUGUAAUUACGGCAAAUAAUGCAACGGCUAAUACUCCUGUUGAUCUUAAAGAUAAAAAAAAGAAAAAAGUAAAGAUUGUUAUUAAUAAAAAACAUAAA